AUGGCACAGGCCACCGCGCAAGGAAUGUCGCUCGCACCGCUGUUCGCUCUCUCGCCCGCCUCACCCGACUCCACCACCUUCCUUGCGUCCCUCUCCUCGUCGUCCACACUGCCCGAGCCCGGAAUCAAGGCGUACCCAGACAUCGUCUACCUGAACUACUACGCUAUCGGACUGUCAGUCUCGCUCGAGCCGCGCGAGGGGUUCAAGCCGGGACGCGACUUGCGGUGGGAGCAGGUGUGCGACGAGGCGGGCAAGGGCAGGCUGGAAGUGACGGGCGUGGAUGUGUACAACCACACAGCGGUGGAUAAGAGCGACAAGCCGGUGCGACCCUCGAAGACGAGCCCGACGUACUCGCCCUUCCCCUCGUUCCCGCUCCUGAUUCCGCAUCCCUCGAAGCCCGACUCGCCGUUCUCUCUCACGUCUUCGACGACAGGCUCGGAACUCGUCUCUGCGUUCGGCGAACCGUCGCGGAAGGGAGGUGGAGCUAGCGGGACGUCGCUCGGCGUCUGGACAGAGUGGGAGGGAAAGGUCAUGGUCGAGUGGGCUAGCUCGGGAUUGGGCGCUUGGGAGAAGGGCGGAGACAGUCGCUGGAGGGUGCUGAGCUUGCUGAAGCCGCCGGCGGUGAAUGGUGAGGAAGCGAAGUCGAAUUGA